AAUGGCGGAGAAGAAAUUUUUUUUGCUGGGUUUGCUGAAAUAUUGCAUGGAAAAUAAAAAAAAUCUAAUUUAUAUAUGUUCGUAAAAAAUAUUUAAAAUAAAUAUGUUAUUCAUAACUAUACAUGUAGUUAGUAGGUUUUUGAAAGAAUAGAGUUUAUUAAUUAUUUUUUACUUGGACAUCAAUAUUAUUUAUUAUUAUCCUAGUUUUAUUUCCUUGGAAAAUGUAAAUGUAACAGACAGAGACUCGGCUCAACUGCUCUAUGGAAAAAGACCAAGGAUGGGUUCGAAAACUAGUCAGGCUUACAUCAACUAAAUAUACAAGUUAAUCAUAUAAAAUAUGGCAGUGGAUAACUCUCUCAACCAUUACAAAGCAUUGCUGAGACGCGGCCAUGAACCUUGCGACUUCUGUGAUAGAACUUUUAAGAAUAGAUUCGACAGCAUUAUACACAAUGCAUCACAUAUAAUCAUACCAUUAAUGAAACAAAACUGGUAUCGGUGUAAUAUAUGCCUCUACUACUUCCCAACACCAGAAGAUCUCUUUGACCAUCACAAAACUAAUCAUCCAAAUAUAGCAAUAGAUACUCAAAAUGUUAAUAACGUAUGGAGUCCUAAAAUAAAAUUUGAAAAUUCCAAUGAAUAUGAUCAAAACUGCUCUAUAAUUGAAACGCACGAUGAUUAUAAUUUGGAUAAUACUAGACAUUUUAGUGUAGAAAACAGUAUUAUUAAGCGAGAAAAUAACACGGAUGAUGUAAAAGAGAAUUACAGCUGCAAUUCGUUAGAAAUUAAAAGUGAAGCAAUAAAAGUUGAAGUCAAUGAUUGUGAUAACGGAAUAGUUGAUCUAACUGAAAAAGAUUAUAGGACACUUAGUAAUGAAAAUUCUGAAUCGAUUAAGAGUAGACUGACAUUCGAGGAAGGUGGUCUAUUCGAUGACAACGUUUUGGGUGAUUUGAUCACGGAAUGCAAGGUUAAAAUGUUUAACGAACCAAUCAACCAAAUGAAUCUUAGUCCACAAAAUGACAUUAAAAAUACCAGCAAUAGUAGGAAUUCUUUAAAUAUAAGAAAUACACCCAUACAGAAUUUAGUUAGUGAAAUAAUUAAAAGUAAUUUUCGUGAUGGACUAAUACAGAAUGGUGAUACUGAAAACACUAAGAACGAUAACAAUGUAUGCAACAAGUUAGUCACUGAAGAUUAUGAAUAUGACAAUUUUGCUCUCAGGAACAUACCACGAGUUGAAAGAUUCAACGGAGUUGCAUUUUACGUUAAUGAUGUACAGAAUGUAGACAAAUGUAACGUACCUAUACAAGAGCCAGCGUACAGAAGUGUACAUUAUAACGAUUUAGUGAAACCUGGUAUAUUUAGCUGUAAAUAUUGUUUUAGAGUGUUCCCAAAUAGGCUACUUCUAAUACAGCAUGAGCCGACGCAUAUCAACAUUAAGAAGUCUCGUCCCUUAUUAUGCACAUACUGUGACAAAUACAUUGCUGGUAACCACGUACGUUUACAUAGACACAUAACGAGAGAGCACCCUGGGGCACCUGUCGACAAGAAACACCAAACGUUCAAAUGCACCAAAUGCUCUUUAAAAUUCAGUCAGUACUUGUCACACGUGAGAAAUUAUCACCCGUACGAUUGUCACAGCUGUGGGAAAGAGUUUACGGAGAAUUUGGUGGACGAACUGAACGAACAUUUGAAGACUUGUGCUACGAAGAAUGUUUUGUCGAAAGUGAUGAAUGUAUGUGAACUGUGUUUCAGUUUUUUCAAAGUGAGAAUUAAUUUGAAGUACGAUUUUAUGGGUACUACCGUGAAUGAACCUGGUGUUAGAUACCCUUGUGCGGUUUGUGGUAAACAGUACUUUGAACUGAAGAUGAUUAGACGUCUAAUAUACGGAUCACAUAUUGGCAACAUUAUGAGCGGUCGGCGAGAUUACAAGUGUACUAAGACUAGGCGGCCUUUGACGAAUGAGGAACGGCUGAAGAAGUUCCAGCAUAGACUGAAGCAAAUAAAUCUGUUGAAUAAAUUUUACUUUGCCGUUUUAUUUUCCCGUACCCUUAAGAAAAAAUUAGAGAAGAUGCACUUAAAAUGAGUCGCAUGUGACUCAUUUUUCGGUGAGUCAUAGUUGUGACUCAUUGUUUAGUGGGUCAUGUACCACUCAUUAUUUGGUGAGUCAUAUUUGACUCAUUGGUUUUGUGUUUAAUGUGACUCACUGUUUGGUGAGUCGUAUGUGACCUUCUACAAGAGAACUGUUAAGUUAGGUGUAGAUCAUAGAUUCAUCAUAAUGUUCAAUAUGUAAUUUAAACUGAAGAUGAUUAGACGUCUAAUAUACGGAUCACAUAUUGGCAACAUUAUGAGCGGUCGGCGAGAUUUUAAAUGUACUAAGACUAGGCGGCCUUUGACGAAUGAGGAACGGCUGAAGAAGUUCCAGCAUAGACUGAAGCAAAUAAAUCUGUUGAAUAAAUUUUA